GACUCGGCUAGGCGGAGUUUCUCGGCGGCUGCGCCCGGCUUGCACCCGCCGGCGAGGAGGUCGCUCCGUCCAGCCCGGCGGCCGCGAGUCCGACUCCGGGCGUCCCCGAGGCGUGUAAGGCAACGAAGGCGCACCCAGGUUCCACUGUGCCGCGCCGGCAGCCUCCAGCCAGCAUGGAGAAGGACAGCCUGAGCCGCGCCGACCAGCAGUAUGAGUGCGUGGCGGAGAUCGGGGAAGGCGCCUACGGGAAGGUGUUCAAGGCCCGCGACCUGAAGAACGGCGGCCGCUUCGUGGCUCUGAAGCGCGUGCGAGUGCAGACCGGCGAGGAGGGCAUGCCGCUCUCCACCAUCCGCGAGGUGGCGGUGCUGAGGCACCUGGAGACCUUCGAGCACCCCAACGUGGUCAGGUUGUUUGAUGUGUGCACAGUGUCACGGACAGACAGAGAAACCAAGCUUACGCUAGUGUUUGAGCAUGUUGAUCAAGACUUGACCACUUACUUGGAUAAAGUUCCAGAGCCCGGCGUACCCACAGAAACCAUAAAGGAUAUGAUGUUUCAGCUUCUCCGAGGUCUGGACUUUCUUCAUUCUCACAGAGUAGUGCAUCGCGAUCUGAAACCGCAGAACAUCCUGGUGACCAGCAGUGGACAAAUUAAGCUGGCUGACUUUGGCCUUGCCCGAAUCUAUAGUUUUCAGAUGGCCCUUACCUCGGUGGUCGUCACACUGUGGUACCGAGCCCCAGAAGUCCUGCUCCAGUCCAGCUACGCCACCCCCGUGGACCUCUGGAGUGUUGGCUGCAUUUUUGCAGAAAUGUUUCGCAGAAAGCCUCUUUUUCGAGGAAGCUCGGACGUGGAUCAACUCGGGAAAAUCUUGGACGUCAUUGGACUCCCAGGGGAAGAAGACUGGCCUAGGGACGUCGCCCUUCCCAGGCAGGCUUUUCAUUCCAAAUCUGCCCAACCCAUCGAGAAGUUUGUGACAGAUAUUGACGAACUAGGCAAAGACCUACUUCUGAAAUGCCUGACAUUUAAUCCAGCUAAAAGGAUAUCCGCCUACGGCGCCCUGAAUCACCCGUACUUCCAAGAUCUGGAGAGAUACAAGGACAACCUGCACUCUCACCUGUCAUCCAGCCAGAGCACCUCAGAGCUGAACACAGCCUGAGGUUCCCCGGGGAUGCCACGAGCUCGUCAUCUGAACGCAUUGCUGGCUGCGAGUCCCCUAAGCAAGCCUUGCAGAGCGGUUGAAGAUUGCUGGCUGCAGGCCUUCUAGCUGCCAGCUUCUGGGUGGGCUCUGCCUCACCAAGGAAACCACCUAGUUUACUGUUCAGAGAUCAAUGCAAGAGUGAUUGCAGCUUUA